AUGCGGGACUAUAAACGUCAUAUGGCAAGGAGGGGUACCACCAUUCCAUAUGGUAGUUGUGAUCCUGCGGGAACGAAACUGGUCGCCAUGAUGUCAGACUCAACGGGAGAAGGCUCGGGAGGUGUGACGCCGCUGUAUACGGUGACGGAAUCGGCCGCGACUUGUCAGCUGCGCUCUACCGAGACAGACUUCCUAUUCUACCUCAAUUCGACAUCCGUCAAUCAAUGCUCCCCGCUCCAGGUCUCUUGGGACUCGAAAGCCGUCGGCUCGGUCCGCCUGCUCGGUGUCAUCCCCUCCGGCCAGCCUUUUAUGUUCACCGCGCAGCCCGGCUCUACAACCUGGAACUGGAACGCCAAUGUCGCAGCGGGCACGUCUUUCAUCCUCGGCGCGUUUGACGGGGGAAGGACGGGCAUAGGCGGGUCGAGCGACCUCAUGACGGUCGGCCAGGGCGGUGCGGGGUGUCUGGACGACAGCAGUCCGAGCUCGACCCCGGCGGCAACUGUGCCUACGAUGACGCGCUCGGCGGGGAAGGUCCCAGCGACCGGGACAGGGACGGCGACUGUAGGGGCAGGAGGAGGUGUCAAGACGGUCACGGCGAUAGCAACGGUGAUACCUGAGGGGAGUGGGAGAGGCCUCAGCACCGGCGCAAUCGUCGGCAUUGUGGUUUGCUCUAUCCUCGCACUCCUCGCCCUUCAAGGCGCCAUCUUCUGGUUCUGCUGUCGACGCCAAGUCUCGGCUCUCAUCUCACACCGCAAAGAUAUGCGGACGAAAGGCAUCAAGUCUGGCGAGGUCGAUCUCGGCGCGGAGGAUGGCAACUCCCGGUCGCCAAUGGAGAACUACCAAGAAGGCGGGAUCUUUGGGACGGCGAGCAAUCGCCAGUCGAGCUACGGGGAUAUGACGGACGGAGGAGAGGGGACAAUCUCGCCCUUCCGAGAGUAUGGUAGGACGUCUCAGUCGGACUUGGCGGACGGCAGAGGGGAGCGGGCCAUGUCGGGUUAUCAGGCAUACGGGUCUGACACCCUGCUCAUGCCUCCUCGAGCACACGGGCGUACCGAAUCUUUCGGCAGCGGCCUCACCCUCGACCUACCCAUGUCCACCUUUGACGACUUUUCCAUCUCGCCUACCGACUCACCUCCCCUCGGCAGCCGGACCAACUCCGGCCAAGGAUCCGCCCCGUCUUCCACGCCAGCUAUACCAUCUGCGGUCGCUGCACCUUCUCGCAGACCACCGCCGUCCAAGGCGCAAAUGGCAGCGAGCCUCUCUCUCCACAGUCCCGAUAUGGACCGCAUGAGCCAGCCAUACGGCGGGAUCAUGCCUUCUCAGUCGACCCCCGUGGGCGGUCUGCGGCGGCACGAGGACGCGGGACCGGCGGUGGUUAGGGCUAGGCAAGAUGUGGAGGAUCUACCACCGCUGUACAGGCCAGAAUGGGAGACUGAGAGUCGGCAUAGGGAUUCCACAGGACGAUGA